AUGGUGCUGGUGGCCUUGACGGCGCUUGCAGCCGGGACUGGCGGCGCUAUUGUCACAUGGAACAGGUGCGCAAAAGAGGCAUUGAAAAACAAGGCCAAGACCUUCACCGAAUCGCUGAUAAGCAAUGCGCUUGCAAGCAGCCCGUGCAAGUUGGAUUCUAUCGGCGUCACGGUGACAGGUUGCCAGAUGCAAAUCCAAGUGUCAGGUGUGGAGGUCGGAAAUUUGCCGCCCUAUAAGAGCCCGUCCCUCCUGCAAGUUUCUUCCAUAUCUGUGUCCGUCAAUGCGAUGGCCACCCUCAAAACAGGCUUUCGGCAGGUAUUGAUCGAGGAGCUCAUUGUGGAUGGCUUGCAGUUGACCGUGGAGAAGAUACGGCUUAGCACAAGCAACGUGAAGGAGCUGCUGGACAAGCUCGCGAAAAAAGAGUCGAAGGAAGGGGAGUUAGGGAAUGAGGCGGAUGAGGAUUGCCAGCAGGCAACAGAUGUAGCAUCGCUGGGGGCUCGUGCAGUCAGCAACGUCAGGGAUGCAGCAGGUGGCGUGGUACAACUUGGACAGGCAACGGUCUCACACGCUGCUAACCUGGCAAAGCGGGCCACGCAGACACCGAAGAAGGAAGUGAAGGAAGCCAAGGUGUGCAUCAAAACGGUGCACGUCAAGACCAUCACUGUUCACACCGUGGGUGCUAUGGUGAGCGACAACCAGAGCCCGAGUCUUUCCUUGAAAGGCCCGCCUGUCUAUUUCAAGGACUUCUCCCGAACACAUGGUGUCAGCGGCGCUGCCUCGGCCAUCCAG